AGAGGGGCGGCGGAGCGGGAGCGGGCCGCAGGCUGGGGCACGGCCAUACAGGGAACACGUUCAGGUGCUGGAGAGCAUCCAGAGGACAGCCACGAGGAUGGUACAGGGAGCCGCUGAGGUCGCUUGGUGCGUUCAGCCUGGAGAAGGGGAGACUUAAAGGAGGCCUUGUUGUGGUCUUCAGCAUCCUCACGAGAGGAAGCACGAGGGCAGGCACUGAUCUCGUCACUCUCAUCCAAGAAAACAUGAAGCUGAAUCAGGGGAGGUUUAGGUUGGAUAUUAGGAGGUUUUCACCCAGAGGGUGGUUGUGCACUAGAACAGGCUCCCCAGGGGGAUGGCACCAAGACUGACUGAGUCCAAGAAGUAUUUGGACAGCACUCUCAGGCACAGGGUGGGAUUCUUGGGGUGUCCUGUGCAGGGCCAGGAGUUGGACUCAAUGAUCCUGGUGGGUCCCUUCCAACUCAGCAUAUUCUGUGGCUCUAGGAGGCUGCUCAGGGGUGCCUGUGGCACUCUGGCUGCUUCCAGAGCCCUUUGUCUGCCUGGGGUGGUCGGGGCCAAUCCCCUGGGACAGGGUGAGCUGGGGGAUCCAGCCUUUGCUCUGGCCCCCAUGUUUCCCUGCCAGGUGUAGGGCAAGUGUAGGUGCUACCAAAAGCUUCAGCCUGAGACAUGCCACCUUGCUCAAUACAGAGAUGUAUAAGAAUAGGGAGAGGCCACACAGAAUGAAGCUUUCUGAAGGAGUCACUGGCACAGAGAACGUUCUACAGUGCCUUGAUAAGUUGUGUCUGCAAGUAACAUUUUCUCUUCAACGCUGGUAUCAUGCCAUGUGUUGCAUCUUUCUCAGGGUGGCUUGGUAGAGAAUUCAUCAUUCAUGGCACACAGAACUAUCUGAGACCAAGGAGUGAAGCUCCUACUUGGAGCACAGAACUGUAACUCCUGCUGCAGUUCUUUGGCUGUGUGUUGUAUUGGCUCCCACAGAACAACAUCUGGUCUAUGAUCUCUGGCAAGGUUUGCAGUACCUUACGUAACAUGCCCCAUGGUUUCUUGGAAAAAAGCUUUCUCCACAUCUGCAGCAAUUUUACCUUUCAGCAUGGCCUGCCCUUGGAUCAGUAACACUGUUUCCUGUGGUAGGAAACUUAUAGAGAAGGGAGAAUAGGCUGUACCAAAAGCUGCACCAGGGUUAAGGCUGUGUGCAGAUAAUUGUUGCUUUUUCAGGCUUCUUGCAGUGACCCUCACACUUAGAAGUUAUCAUACGCUGAUACAUUCAAGAAAGACUUUAUGCAAAUCUGCAAUCACUUUCAGUCACAGUGAGGGCAAGUUAUUUCUGGCUUUUUUGUAAUGCACGUUGAGUGAGUGCAAUGCUGAGCCCAACUUGAGUCACAGGGAACAGUACAGAAACAUGAACAGCAGAGGGUAUCUGAGUUAUGUUCGUUCUGAAGAACUAACAUGAGGAAAGGUUAUUUUUUCCCUUGGGUCUGCCGCCAUGAAGCAGGGUUUUGUGGUGGGUUUGUUUAAUGUCAUGGAAGACAGCUAACUUCAGGUGUUUUUCAUUGAUUCUUUAGCUCUGUCAACUUCCUUGGAUAUUGGGCUGAGUAACUGGAGCUUCCUGUAUGUCACUGUCUCCCUCUACACAAUGACAAAAUCCUCUGCCAUUCUCUUCAUCCUGCUUUUUUCACUGCUCUUCAAGCUGGAGGAAAUGAGGGUGACGUUGCUGCUGGUGGUUCUGCUCAUUGCUGGGGGACUCUUCAUGUUCACCUACAAGUCCACACAGUUCAACGCGCAGGGGUUCGUGCUGGUGCUCUGUGCCUCUUUCCUGGGGGGCAUUCGCUGGACUCUCACUCAGAUACUGAUGCAGAAGGCUGAGCUGGGGCUCCAGAAUCCCAUUGAUAUCAUGUUUCACCUGCAGCCGCUGAUGUUCCUGGGGCUCUUCCCACUCUUUGCGGUGUUUGAGGGCCUUCCUUUGUCCAUAUCAGAGAAGCUCUUCCAUUUCCAUGAAGCAGGAAUGCUGUUCUCUCUGGUAGGGAAGCUGUUCUUGGGUGGAAUUCUUGCCUUUGGUCUAGGCUUUUCUGAGUUCCUCUUGGUUUCCAGAACAUCUAGCCUCACCCUUUCCAUUGCUGGCAUUUUUAAGGAAAUCUGCAUUUUAUUCCUGGCCACACAUUUACUGGGAGACCGCCUCAGCCUCUUGAACUGGCUGGGCUUUGCUGUCUGCCUGUUAGGAAUCUCCCUCCAUGUUGUUCUCAAAGCCAUGAAUUCCAAAGGUGACAAAGCACUGGAGCCACACAAAGAGGCCAGCUCUGACCCUGACCUGCAGCUGCUGCUGCGCCACCCCGAACAGGGUGAGGAAGAGGAAGAGCUUGUGGAAACCCCACAACAGCACUGACUGGACAUGAAGCACAAAGCCACCUGCUCUGUUCUUACCAAACCUGCCUGACAGCUAUCCAGGAGGAAGGUCCUGAAGUCUCUGUGACCACCCAAAGCAGAGCCAGGGCCCGGGGAGAGAGUUCUGCUGUUUUGCUGCAGUGUGGAUCUGUAGAUGCUGCACAAGAAAAGGCAAUGUGCCUUUCACAGGAACUUGGAAGCCCUGGUUCAGUGGGUGUAGAAAGGUGAGGUGAGACAGGGAAAAGCUGUAAAAAGUCCAUUAGGGCAUCCUGAAGGCUGUUUACUGAGAAUGUAGACCAUGAGCUGUAGAAUGAACAUGGACAUGUCUGGACUGCAGGCUGAGUGGUUCAGGGAUGAUUUUACUGCUGUUUAGCUUUUGACUUCAAAGGAGAAGGUAGAUACACCUUCCCUUUGUUUUUUUAAUGUUUCUGCAAAUUAGGAACUCUCAUCCUUGUGGGAUCACAUGACUGAAUAAAUCCCUGGAGUUGCCCCAGCAAGAAGGACCUUUUGUGCCUGGGGACCUCCAUGCUCUGUGUGCACAGUGAGGAAAGAAUCAAUGCUGGUAUUUGGGACCAGUUGAAAAUGAUGAACAUUUCCAGAUUAUGUUGGUUGGAGGAAAGACAGAGAUGCAAGAGUACUUCUGGUGCUACAGGCCAAGAGGAGAAUGAGCAGUGUCACAGGAAAUCUAACUUGAGCAAUAAGAUUAUCAGAAAGUAUGUGGGGUUUUCAGGGGGGGAUUUUUUGAUUUUUAAAUAAACUUUUUCUGAUUUGA